AAGGAAAUUUUUUUUCUGCAAAUACACUUGAAAAAUCAUAAAAUACAGUCAAUAUAAGAAAAUCAAUAUUUUCACAUAAAUUACCAUUUAGAUUUAAUUGCACAUAAGCGCAUAACUGUUGUAAACAUGGUAAAAUUCUGAUGUUCAACUGAAAACGUGAAUGCGCGGGAAGCUAAAAUGGAACCAGGCAUAAUAAAGAAAUUAGACGAAGUUGUGGUAAAUAGAAUCGCGGCUGGAGAAAUUAUACAGAAACCAGCAAAUGCACUCAAAGAGCUCAUCGAGAACAGUUUGGAUGCAAAAGCGACUCGCGUUCAAAUAACUGUGAAAUCUGGAGGCUUGAAACUACUGCAGAUACAGGACAAUGGUACCGGCAUACGACGCGAAGAUCUUUCAAUUUUAUGUGAGCGCUUUACAACAUCAAAGCUAAAGAAAUUUGAAGAUCUAAGCAACAUAGGAACGUUCGGUUUUCGUGGCGAGGCCUUGGCAAGUAUAAGCCAUGUGGCGCGUUUAAGCAUACAAACGAAAACAGCAAAUGAAUCCUGUGGCUACAAAGCCUCGUAUGAGAAUGGUCAAUUGAAAGGACCUCCAAAAGCUUGUGCUGGAAAUCAAGGCACAAUUAUUACCGUGGAAGAUAUAUUCUACAAUAUGCCACAAAGACGCCAGUGCCUGAAAUCACCAGCGGAGGAGAUGCAAAAAAUUUGUGAGGUUGUAUCUAAGUAUGCUGUUCACAACUCAAAUGUUGCUUUUACACUGAAGAAGUAUGGGGAGUCACCAUCCUUGCGCACAGUAGGCCAUAGUUCAUGCGAAGAAAACAUCUGCAACAUCUACGGUUCGCAAAUUGGUCGUGUUUUACUACCAAUUGAGUUGGAGGACGAUAUACAUAAAUUCAAAAUGACUUCACUGGUAACAAAGGUGGACUAUUCAGCCAAGCGUGGCAUAAUGCUAUUAUUUAUCAAUCAUCGUCUAGUGGAAUCUACUGCUCUGAAAGCAGCUAUUGAUGGUGUCUACAGCACCUACUUACCAAAAGGCAUGCACCCCUUUAUAUAUAUCAGUCUCGAAAUGGCAUCAACACAGUUAGAUGUUAAUGUUCAUCCGACAAAGCAUGCUGUUCAUUUUCUUUACGAGGAUGAGAUAAUCGACAAAAUUAAGCACCGAAUAGAAUUGAAGUUGUUAGGUAGUAAUGCAUCACGUACUUUCUACAAACAAUUGCGUUUAUCGGGCAUACCUAAUACUGAUUCUGAAUAUGACGACAAAGGAGCAAAAAUCAAACAUAACGACAAGGAACGCAUUGAUAAAGAUCGCGUUCGAACCGAUUCUAAGGAACAAAAAUUAGAAAAGUUUCUUUUACAACAAAGUACAUCUGGACAAGUCGUCAAAACGAAUUCAACGACUCUCGGUAAUAUGACAGAAGAAAGCUUUUCUCUUUUAAUACCGAGAUCGAAAGUACAGCUUACAAGCAUUAAGAAUAUGCAGGAAAAUAUCGAACGCCGACUCAAUGUUACGCUACGCAAAACACUAAAGGAUCUUGUUUUCGUGGGAGUAGUAGACAAGGCGUAUGCCUUAUUUCAGCAAGAAACUAAGCUGUAUUUAUGUAAUACACUCAAGUUUUGCGAAGAACUUUUCUAUCAGAGGUUAACUUUUGAAUUUCAAAGGCUCGCGCAUAUCAAAUUCGAGCCUUCGUUGAGUAUAAAAAAACUCGUAGAAAUUGCUCUAGACUCUGAAGAGGCUGGAUGGUCGCCGGAGGAUGGUGACAAAUUGGAACUUGCAGAACGCGCCUCCAACAUUUUACUUGAAAAGGCGCCAAUGUUGCGCGAAUAUUUUUCUUUACACAUCAGUAAAGAAGGCCAAUUAGAGACACUCCCCGCCAUAUUGCCUCAGCACUAUCCAUGCAGUACACAUUUGCCGUUAUAUAUAUUGCGUCUGGCUACAGAAGUAGAUUGGGAUUCAGAAGUAGAGUGUUUUGAGACAUUCUGCCGGGAAACAUCCCAAUAUUAUGCACUUAUCUCUACAUUGGAAUUAUCUUCGCAGCCUCAAAGGCAUAAAUGGCUGGUAGAACAUGUUUUAUAUCCCGGGUUAAAACGUUAUUUACUGCCGCCUAAUAGCCUUAAGCAACAUUUGUACGAACUGUCUAGUUUAUCACGACUAUAUAAGGUAUUUGAGAGAUGCUAGGAAUUUACUUCUUUUAUUGUAUGUAAUAUGAAGUAAUUAUACGCAUAAACAGCUUUUUGAUGAUAAGGAUCAUAAACUAAGAA